AUGUCGGAAGACCUUCAUAGAAUUACCCCACUCCAUUUGACCACUUCAAGGUCAAGCCGUGCCUCACUAAGUCGAAUGCGCUCAAACCAAAGUGAACUUACCCGAAUUAUAACGGGUAUUCGAGACGACCUUCAACUAGACGAAGCUGAACGAGAACAAUAUCGAGAAAGAGGGGAUCCUGAAUACAUUUUGGCCAGUCAGUUGGAUUUGGUCCGUACUCACACUAGACCUAGAUCAACUGUUGACUUAGAGUCAGGCAAGAAUAAUAAAGAACAAGGCACUGAAGUGAUAGAAAGUAUACUGGAAGACGAAGAAAUAGACGAUGGUCCUCCUUUAGAUAAGGGUAUUGCAUGGUUAAUGGCAUUUUGUGGGAUGUUGGCUUCCUUCUCCACUUGGGGUGCCAGUGCUGGGUUUGGGGUGUUUUUAAACUUUUAUUUAUCGGAUAACACCUUCCCAGGAACAUCUGAAUAUGAUUAUGCCUUGGUUGGUGGUACAGUUAUGUGUUUGGCAAACAUGUUAUCUCCAUUUGGAGCAUUGCUAUAUAAGAUGCUUGGCUUCAAAUUGGUUUGUCUCAUUGGAGUCUUUCUCCAAACCGCAGCAUACAUAUUAGCAUCGUUUGCAACAAAAUUUUGGCAAUUAUAUUUAACUCAGGGGGUGGUAGUUGGUGUUUCAUUUGUGUUGAUUUUCAUUCCCAUGACGUUGGUCUUGCCCACAUGGUUCCUUGAGCGCAAGGCUACCUCCAUGGGUAUUGUCGUCUCUGGUGCAGGGCUAGGUGGUUUGGUUUUCUGCUUGAGUAUCAACCAAGUCAUUGAACAAACUGGGGAUCAAAGAUGGGCAUUAAGAAUGGUUGGGUUUGUAACAUUAUUUGCAUCUUUAAUUGUGGUGAUUAUCUUGAAGCCAAGAAACCAGAAACGGACACCUUUAAAGGAAGGAUUAAGUCCAGAGUUUAUCAAGAGAAAUUUCAAGCUUGUGUUUGACGUUUCCGUUUUCAAAAAUAAAGGAAUUUGCCUUCUUGCCUUUUGGUUUGCUAUUGCCCUUACUGGAUAUACAUUGAUGUUAUUUUCCUUGUCGUCAUUCGCUACCCUGAUUGGAUUAACUCACCAACAAGGUUCCGUAUUAACAUCAGUAAUGAAUGCAGCACAAACGGUUGGUCGUCCUUGUAUGGGGCUUAUUGCUGAUAAAGUUGGCCGGUCAAACUUUACAGGAAUAUUGUGUUUGGUCAAUGCAAUUUUGUUGUAUGCUUUUUGGAUCAAUGCUACCAGUUACGGAGCAUUAAUCGCAUUCAGUGUUUUGAUUGGUCUCGUUAUCGGGGUAGGUUCUUCAAUGGCACAACCUUUACUUGCAGAUGUCCUAGAAGAUAACCUUGAGAAACUUCCUGCUGGUUGGUCCGGGGUCAAUUUUGUGGUUGCACCUUUCUGUCUUGUUGCUGAAGUUAUUGCAUUGGCCUUGGUUACAGGUGGAUAUAGACCAUACUUACACACACAAAUCUUUGCUGGGACAUGUUUCAUAGCUUGCUUCAUAUUACUUUUGUUCAUAAGAGAGUUUCUUGUCCAGAGACUUUUGUCGAGAAGAUUAGAAGCUUCGGAACUGAGAUUGAACGAGAUCAAGGGAGUUGCUGGGUACUUGAAAUCCGAACAAACUUCGGAACUGUUAGAAGGGGAAGAUAGAGGAGACGACGAUGACAACGAAGAAGAAGAGGUCUUGGUUGACAGAAUGGAUAGGUACAACCGCUUGUUACAAGGAACAGCCACGGGCUUUUUCUUGAGAGUGGUGUACCCUAUAAGAAUAUAA